CAUUCGACCAUCAACCACCAACCCCACUACUAUGCCCUUAUCAAAAACCCCCGAUGGUAGCGCUCGAGGCAUUAUCUAUAUCGGUUUCUCUCUCUCUCUCGCUCUCUGUGUCUCUUGCUGUGUGUGUGUGUCAUAUCUACAUAACGGCUCUAUUAUUGUUAAUAUUGAUAUCUUACCCAUUAGCACAACAUUAUAUGUACAAUCUAUUAUAUUGUGUGAAAUCAGAUUUAGUACAAUUUAUUGGGCCCCUUGGCUCUGGCUCUGGUUUGGGGCCUUCUGCUGCUGGUUUCCACUGUUCAUCAAUUAGUUCAUCGCCUGCGGCCAACGCAGUCGCUUCGAUCGUUCGGUGCUCCAUAGGGAUACGUAUCCCCGGCCCACACUUAACACUAAACAACUUCAUCAUGGACAUUGGCACCAAGUCCAGCAAAUCUUCCUUCUCCAUUGACAACAUAUUGGAUCGCAGGACGCGAACGAGUCACAGUCCCACAGCCACAGAAGCCACAACAAAUCGCACGCAAUCGCGUCGCAGCUCGCCCCAUAGUCCUGUGGCGGCAACAUCUGUGCUUAGCAUGCCCAAGGCCACCAUGGCCACGGCCACGGCCACGGCCUCGCCACCAAACACCGCAACGGGCGUGUCCAUCUAUGAUCUAUCCCGCGAGGCAGUCGCCGCUCAAUACGCCCUCAAGAAUCUGGAGUCCAGCCAGGUGCUGUCGCCCACGACGCUGCGCUUCAAUCCCAUCUAUCCGGAUCCCGCCUCGUUGUUCUACCAGCAGAUGCUGCAUCUACAGAAGAAUCCCUCGCUCUUUAUGCCCCACUUUCAGGCAGCAGCCGUUGCCGCAGCAGCCGCCGCCCAACCCACCGGCUAUUGUGAUCAAUAUAGUCCCUUUGCCAUGGAUUGUGAAGGCUUUCCCAAUCCGGCCUCCGCUGCAGCCGCUCUCUACUGCAAUGCCUAUCCGGCGGCCAGCUUCUACAUGUCCAACUUUGGGGUGAAGCGCAAGGGCGGCCAGAUCCGAUUCACGUCGCAGCAAACGAAAAAUCUCGAGGGCCGUUUCGCCAGCUCCAAGUAUCUGUCGCCCGAGGAGCGCCGCCAUCUGGCGCUGCAGCUGAAGCUGACGGAUCGCCAGGUGAAGACCUGGUUCCAGAAUCGUCGCGCCAAAUGGCGACGGGCCAAUCUCACGAAGCGCAGUGGAUCGGGUGCAGGAUCGGUGGCAGGUGCCACCUCAACGGCGCCCAGCUCCAACAGCAGCAGCAGCAGCUCUGCCUACGGCACAGCCCUCCUCCCACUGAGCAGCCGUCGGAGUGGCAGCGGGCAGCAGAGCGACGAGGAGGAUCGCAUGUAUCUGUCGGACGAUGACGAGGACGACGAUAAUGACGAGGAGGAGCCGGCGGAAGCGUUAGCCGAGCCUCUGGUCAAGUGAAGCUCGUGGAUUG